AGUAAUAAGACCAUGAAGAAAUCCUUCUCUGAUUCAAGCCUUCAUACCUUGAUAGUGGUAUCAGAGCAUACCUUCUCUCACGAGAUCUCUGAUCCUAUGGCUACCCGUGACGAAACUCCCAACUCAGCAGCAUCCAAACACUUAGCCUUCGUGUCGCUUCUUAGAGGCUAUGAACUUGAUGGUUUCCUUGACGGAUCUCAUCCUUGUCCUGUAGCAACUGAGCCCACCUAUAGUUUGUGGGCACGCCAAGAUCAGCUCCUCCAUCAUGCCUUAAUUACCUCUGUUUCAGAGAACAUCACUCCUUACAUAGCUACUGCUACCACUGCACAGCAAGCCUGGGAAACCUUAGCCAAACUUUAUGCCAAUCGCUCUUGCACACGGGUCAUAACCCUUAAGGAACGGCUCCAAACCAUGAAACAUGAUGGUCAUCCAGUUUCUGACUAUCUUCGCUCUCUGAAAAUUGUGGCAGACGAGCUUGGCACUGUGGAUUGUCCCCUUUCUGAUGAUGAUCUCACUGUUUAUAUACUCAAUGGGCUAGGACCGGAGUUUUGGGAAAUUGCUGCUUCCAUUCGGACUCGUGACUCAUCUCUUUCUUUUGAUGAUCUACAUGACCGAUUAGUGGCCCAUGAAGAAAGUUUACGCCGCGACGAAGCUCAGAUUGACACCUCCCCACUAAUAGCUUACUUUGCCUCUAAUGUUGGAUUAACAUCAUCUACCUCUUCUAGUGUAGGCCCAAGGUAUCCAACUCGGCUCAUUGGAUCCACUUGCCAAUUAUGCGGAUAUGCUGGACAUUUGGCUCGAAAUUGUCCCAGUUUUUGGGUCCAGUCCAUUGGCCCAAUGGCUAACUUUGCGUCCUUUUCAAAUGGUUUUCUUGAUGACUAUUUGUUGGACUCUGGUGCUAAUAAUCAUGUUACAACAGACUUGGCCAACUUAGCACUUCAUUCUGAAUACAAUGGUCUUGAUGAACUACAAAUUGGUGAUGGAACAGGUUUGAAAAUCACACACCAACCUAAUUUCAAGUUGGAUAGCCUAGACGAUUUGCCAUCGCCACCUGCUGUCUCUGCUGUGGCUCCUCAUGAAUCUUUGGUUCACGAAGCUGUCCCUCCUGCAACAGUCCGCACCUCCCAACCUCCUUUUACCUCACUAACCCACCCCGCCUCUACUCCUCAACCCGAAUCCCAACAGCCACAUGCACCCACCUCCACUGCUUCCCCAUCUCUCCCUACACACUCCCCUGAGCCUCUCAUUGAGCCCAUUCCCCAACCUCAACCAUUGCUACCUCCGGAGCCCAUUCGAACUCACCCCAUGCUUACCCAUUCUCGAAACAACAUCUUUAAGCCUAAGUUAAUCCACCAGGCCAUCUCCACCUCUCCUGUUCCCAUUUGUGAACCCAUUUGUGUUACUCAAGCACUGAAAGAUCCCAAUUGGCGGAAGGCUAUGUCUGAUGAAUUUAGUGCUUUGGUUCAUCAAGGACCCUGGGAAUUAGUUCCUUCUACUCCUGAUCAGCACCUUCUUGGUUGUAAGUGGGUGUUUCGUAUUAAACGAGCCAAAGAUGGUAGCAUUGAAUGCUACAAAGCACGCCUUGUUGCUAAAGGCUUUCAUCAACAUCUAGGUUCUGAUUAUUUUAAUACUUUUAGUCCGGUGAUUAAACCUACUACCAUUCUCACUGUUUUGUCUAUUGCUGUUAGCAGGAACUGGCCUAUUCGUCAAUUGGAUGUCAACAAUGCCUUUUUGCAUGGGCAUCUUGAGAAAAAAUUGUUCAUGGCACAACCAGUUGGCUUUGUUGAUUCUGCUCUUCCUCAUCACGUGUGCCGGUUGCGGAGAUCUAUUUAUGGGUUAAAACAGGCUCCACGGGCGUGGUUUCGGGAACUCAAGCAGUUUAUUAUCUCUCAAGGAUUCUCCCAUUCUCGCUCCGAUUUCUCUUUGUUUGUUUAUCACCGGAAUUCGACCUGGAUAUAUUUCCUUGUUUAUGUGGAUGACAUCCUCAUUACUGGUAGUGAUCCCUCUGCUGUGUCUUCUCUGAUAAAUUGCAUGAGUACUAGAUUCGCAAUUAAAGAUUUGGGUACUCUUAGCUAUUUUCUUGGGAUUGAAGUAGUUCCCACUAGUGCAGGACUCUUCCUCUCUCAACACAACAAUGUUAAUGAUCUACUCCAUUGUUUUCGAAUGCAUGAGGCUAAGCCGGUUGCCACGCCACUUGCUACUAAUACUGGUCUGCAGCUUUUCUCUGGCACUGCUAUUUCAGAUGGCUCUGAUUACCGGCGUCUUAUUGGUUCCCUACAGUACCUCACUCUCACUUAACCUGACUUGUCAUUUGCUAUCAACAAAUUAGCUCAGUUUAUGCAUCGACCCACAGAGUUGCAUUGGCAGGCAGCAAAGCGACUUCUGCGAUACUUACGCGCCAAGCCAAAGUUAGAAAUUUUGGGAUUCAUUUCACUAUCAAGCAAAACAUUGCUUACUUUGAGAUCCCUAUGGAUGAUCCGCAAUCGAGAAUCUUGAUGUAGAUAGACAAGCCCUCUAGCAAUUCCACAAAUAAUGUGAAAACGCCUCGACCAAUCUAAUAGAUUCCUUCUUGUAUG